GCCAUCACGGCCUUCGCUUUCUAUUCUUGACAAAGGCCACUUCCCGUCGGGGACGGUUACUAGCACGCAUCAAUCUUUUUGCGAUCGAGCUUCAACGGCAGUCUCCUUGCAUGACAUCAAUGCUUCCACCCUUCUCACCUAACCUCCAAGCCCCUCGACAUUCAGCUCCCUGGACGAUUCGACGCAUUCAAACAGGUCUCUUUCCAUGCGGUUCCCAGUCUAACUAUAUCCCCGCUGCGGUUCCCCAAAAUUUAUACCCUGCAUUCGGUAUCUCUUAUCCGAGCGAGCACACGUUGGUAGCUGAUGACGACUCAUAUAGAUGAUUCUAUGUAUCAUCAGCGCCGAUUGAUCGUCAGCGAUAGGUACUAUUGCCGAUGAUUCGCAUUUCCAGUUCCUAGUAUCCCAUUUCAGGAAUUGAGGCUUCUUCACAAUGCCACUCGUUGCCUGGGAGAAUCGGGCAGCCGCCAAAAGGGCGACCGUGCUGAAAGCGAUUCCGUCCAGAUGGCACGUGCCUCCUGAUCAAAUACCCCUGGAACAUGAUAACUCGGCGGUCAUUGACCUGCCAGCCAAGUAUUUGUCGGCGGACGAAAUCACAAUUACCGAAACCCCCCCAAUGGACACUUUGGCCCACAUGCACGCAGGCAUCUGGAGUUGCGAGGAUGUUGUGCGUGCUUACUGUCACAGGGCGGCUCUUUGUCAUCAAUUUGUGAACUGCCUGACGGAAGUGCUAUUCGAGGAGGCUGUCCACACUGCGCGCGAGCUGGACCAGUAUCGUCGUGAGACAGGCGGUCUGAAGGGCCCACUGCAUGGCUUGCCAGUCAGUUUCAUGGACCGUUUCCGUGUCGCUGGCACAGAGACAGCCGCCGGCUUUAUUUCCUGGCUCGGUCCUAGGGAGACGGACGUCACUGAAUCACUAAUUGUCCGGCAUAUGCGGGCGCUGGGCGCCAUCCCUUUUUGUAAGACGAACGUGCCUCAGAGCAUGAUGCUGGCAGAAACAGCGAACAACAUACACGGCCGUACCAGUAACCCUUAUUCAGGACUAUUAUCCAGCGGUGGCGCUGCAGGAGGUGAGGGGGCGUUGCUGGCAAUGAAAGGCUCCCCUUUCGGCUGGGCUACUGAAUUUGCAGGCUCAGCACGUAUUCCCGCUGUGUUUGGCAGUCUGUUUAGCCUCAAGGUUUCUUCCGGUCGUCUUCCAACCCUUGGAGUCGCUUCCAGCGAGACAAGCCUGCCUUCGAGGAAUUCAACAAUCGCCACGAUGUCGUGGGAUUUCAAUUUGCUGCAAUACGUCGCAAAGUUAUCACUUGGGUCUACGGCAUUUGAAGAAGAUCCUACCUGGAUCGAUAUGCCGUGGAGAGAAGCAAAAGUCAGAGAGUUGACGCUGAGGCGUCCAACUUUUGCAGUGCUAGAGUGCGAUGGUCAUAUCCAGCCUCAGCCACCGAUUCGGCGAGCUCUAAGGUCAAUUGUUGAGUGCUUGAGGCGAGCCAACUAUCAGGUCAUUGAAUGGAAACCUCCAUCUCAUGCAGCACCAGUAGAGACGUACUUCAAGAUAAUCGGCGCUGAUGGUGCGCAGGCAACCAGACAACACAUCAAAGCAAGCGGAGAGCCACCCGUUCCUCUCCUGAGAGAUUGGUAUUUCCACCAACCCACUCAACCAUUAUCUCUUUCAGAGUAUCUGGCCCUUAUGAAAUCGCUAGAAACGUAUCAAUCAGGUUAUCAGAGGUACUGGAAGUCCACCGGCCAGAGCACUGCGAGCAGACUCCCAGUGGACGGGGUGAUCAUGCCCGUCUGUGCGGAUGCUGCUUGCUGCAAGAACAAAAUGACAUAUUACGGAUACAGUGCCAUAGUAAACGUACUCGACUUCGUCGCCGUCUCUUUUCCGGCCGGAUUCAUCGACAGAUAUCUGGACCCAAAGCCCGAUGUCUUCGUCCCACUCAGCAGAGACGAUGAAUCUGUGAAUGAUGCAUAUGAUAAUUUUGCAUUCCAUGGAGCUCCCGUGGGUCUUCAAUUGAUGACUCGCAGGACUGAGGAAGAGAAAGCACUGAAGCUUGUGGAAAUCAUUCUUCAAACACAAGCAUAUUCGCCGAUGCCCAGCUGAAUCGCAUGGUGUCCAAAAAGUCGUGUCCAGGGUGCGCUCUGCCCUCGGGAUCAAAUUGUUGCCGGCUGCCUGGGUCCGCCGGGUGCGCGGGUAGUGAACCAAACCCGGCUUUAUCUCGAGGGCCCAUCGCUCGUGCGAGAGUAGUCAAUCUUGUGCCAGGCGGUGGUGAGAUUGCCGCGAAAGUUGAACUGAGCCUCGUAGGAUUCUGGUUGAGAAUUAUAGGUCUCAUCGACGGCUUUGACGGCGAACUGCUUUCCAGCGAGGCGCUUGGGCACCACAAACUCCCACUGUUUCCAUGACCAAGCUUUGUGGCCUUUCGACUCAUCCGGGAGGAGACGCGCUUGUUGCCAGGUCUUCCCGCCAUCGGCACUGACGUCGACUCGAACAAUCUCUCUCCCUCCUCCACUGAAUGCAUAUCCUUUGACUUGGACGGCAUCUUCAUCUAAGCCGUAUGCCUGCAAUGACCUUCGACCAUGGCGAGAGCUUCGGGAUAUAUCUCUUAUCGAUGUGAUGGCGCUUUGCACGGGCGUCUCCUGAAUGGCG